UUAGCUAGCGACCAGCGCGGCCAGAUGAGGUGUCACCGUCCCCGGACUUCUGAGAAUUCAUGAAAAGAGUAGUUGACAUAGCUGGUGAGGGUCGUAGUGUGUCUGCUGUGAAGCGAACAGAAGAUGGCGGAAGUGACGAGCACGUCCCUGUGUCAGGAGGAAGGCUGGCAUCUUUCUGAAGAGGGAUUUGAAGCUUGUAAUGGUUCCUCGGAGAAACUGACUAAAAGUGCUAUUAUCCUCGUUGCUCUCAAUACAGACCUCAGAACCAUUGGAAAAAAAUUUCUCCCCAUCGACAUCAACGGAGGAAAAGUAGAGAAGAUAGAUGGUCCAUGUGUUCUGCAAAUUCAGAAAAUCCGUAAUGUAUCUGCACCAAAAGACAAUGAGGAAUCUCAGGCAGCUCCUCGAAUGCUACGUUUGCAGAUGACGGAUGGGCAUACAUCCUGCACGGCCAUAGAGUUUAAUCACCUGUCAAAAGUCAGCUUGAACACUCCACCUGGCACAAAAAUAAAGCUAUUAGGAACUGUUGAAGUGAAAAAUGGAUGCUUGCUUUUGGAUGACACCAACACUGCCGUGCUUGGAGGUGAAGUGGAACCGCUCAUAGAGAAAUGGGAGCUGCAGAGGAGUUUAUCAAAGCACAGUCGAAGCAAUAUUGGAACUGAAGGAGGUCCUCCACCAUUUGUGCCUUUUGGACAGCGUUGUGCAUCUGUUGCUUCAGUUGACAGCAGAGAACUUGAUAGCCGAAAGACGCUGCAGGCUCCGAGUGCCACCAAAUCUGUGGGGGAGAAUGAUGAGUUUGAAAAACAAAGGACUGCUGCCAUUGCUGAAGUAGCAAAAAGCAAAGAGACCAAGACGUUUGGAGGAGGCGGAAAUGCUGGAAGCAAUCUCAAUGCCGGUGCUGGAGGGAGUCGUAAUAGGGAAGUGUUCCAGAAAGAGAAGAUAAUCAGAAGUGAAGGUAGAUCGGAAGGAGUGUAUCGUGAGCUGGUUGACGAGAAGGCUCUGAGACACAUCACAGAGAUGGGCUUCAGUAAAGAAGCAGCCAGACAGGCACUCAUGGACUUCAGCAACAAUUUGGAGGCAGCUUUAAAUUUCCUUCUUGCUGGCAGCAAACCAAAGCCUGUUCAAGGGCCACCACCCCGAGAUGUCCUAUGGACAGGUAAAGGAAAAGGUCGAGGAAGAACACGAGCAGAAGCUGACGAUGAAGUAUCUAAUGCUAGACCUUCUGCACCUAGUACACUGUUUGACUUUCUGGAGUCCAAAAUGGGUACUUUUUCACUCGAAGACAGCAAGCCACAAACUCAACCUCAAAGCCAAGGACAACACAGAGUUCAAAAUGUGGAACAGAAUGGAGUGAAGGAUUACAACCAAUCUCGUCAGUUUUCACGAAAUGAUACUAGAGGUCCAAGGAAUGAAAAACCCCCUCGUUUCCAAAGGGAAGUACAUGCAUCUAGACCAUUUGAAGGUAACGGGCCACCAAGAAGUCGAGGUCCAGAAAAACAUAGUUCAGAGCCAUGGAUAGAAGACAGGAGUAAGUGUGAAAGAGGAUAUCAAAGGAAUGACAGAUUAAAGGAUUUUUCACAUUCUUCCUCUAGUUACCAAACUGAUGGUACGUUUAAAAAAAGAGAUAAUACUAUGCAAUGUAGGAACAUAAAAGGUCCCAGCCUCCUUGAAACCAGAGAGGACAUCGGCAUUCAGAAUAAUAAUACAGAGGCUGCUCAGCAAAAACGUGGUAGAAGAGAAGACCAAAGACACAAUUCAGAAUUCUAUAUGGACAGGAGACCACAGACCAGUAACAGUGAAGCAAUCACUAGUUUACCAAACGAGAAAACUUUCAGUGCCAAUAUGGAGUCAUCUAACUAUCAUGCAACAUUAGUAAAAGAUGGUGCUAAUAAUGAUUUAUCAAAUGGAGAACUUGAACAAAAAGAACGAAGAAUUGGCCCUAUAAAGCCAAUAGGAUCAAUUCUGAAUUCAACACAAGAAGAUAGAAAUAAAAUGUUAUAUACUAAUAACUCUAAAAAGAGAUCUGGUCCGAUAAAGCCAGAGCGAAUUCUGGAUAAUGUCUACACUGCCUUUAGCUGGAGACCAGGGGAUGAAUGUUUAGCUCUUUACUGGGAAGAUAAUAAGUAUUACAGAGCCGAAAUUGAAGCCCUACAUUCUUCUGGAACCACAGCAGUGGUAAAAUUUUGUGACUAUGGGAACUAUGAAGAAGUACUAUUAGAAAACAUUAAACCGAUCCAGGCAGAGGCAUGGGAAGAAGAGGGGGAAUAUGGAGAUUCGCUGGAUUUCCGCAGAGGAGGUGAUGGACAGCCAAGAAGAUCUACUAGACCAACUCAGCAGUUUUAUCAACCACCCAGAGCACGGAACUGACUGUUAAGAUCUACCAUGAAUUUCUCACAGAAGAAAGGAAUACUGCAGCUGUUUUCACGGAAGUGGUAUAUUUUUCUAAAGAACUGCCUUGCACUGUGGUGUUAAUAUCCUUAUUGUGACCAAGACUUGGGGUCUUCAGAUGCUAUUAGCAACAGACUUGCCAUCAGUUAUUGGUUUAACUAAUAAUUUUUUAAGCAAUUAUUAUUAAUUUCUUGUUUGCAACAAUAAAACCACAGUGCACAU